AUGAGCAUUGUAAUCCCUCUGGGAGUCACCACACCAGAUACAUCCUACUCAGACAUGGCCGCCGGAUCAGACCCUGAAUCAGUUGAAGCCAGUCCAGCAGUUAGCGGAAAGACCAUCUACACAGCCCAUAGUUAUCCAGGCAGCCAAAGCCACGGAUACAGAGGUCUGCCAUAUGCGGAUCACAAUUACGGAGCCCCUCCACCACCUACACCCCCUGCAUCCCCACCAGUCCAGGCCAUCAUUCCCCGUGCUGCAGAGGUGAACGGCAUUCACUCACCAGAAGAAGAGAACUCUGGGGAUAGCGACAGCUCUUCUGAGGGUGAGGGAAUCAACAGCUGGUGC